GCGAUCGUGGGUCGCGAGGACUCGACGGCACCUGUUCAAAGCGGUCGGGCUGAUGGGCGUCAAUCGCUGUCGACAGUUUCGAGACAUGCUCCACUCGUCUUUGUCGACUGGCACUGGAAUAGGGCGAUGCGUCCGCAAGCUUGUGCUCGUACAGGUUCGCCUGCGCCUCGAUGUCCCUGAGGAUUCUGAGGCGUCCGACAUACCACUCCUGGAAGAAAUCUUCUCGGCAUUACCCAACGUUGGACAUCUGCGACUGAGAGACGUCGUAGUCGAAUGCAUGCCGAAGAUGCAUCCAGGUGAUGCCCUGGACGACGGAUAUCCCGCCAAGCCGCCUCGAUCGCUGUUCACCCUGCCACGAUUGCGGACGUUGCAUAUCCACUCGGUCUCGUUUGAUUCGACCUCCGAUAUCAUACUCCUUCUGGUCGCCUUCCCGCAAGUAUCUAACCCCCGCCUUUCCGGGCCAGCGCGUUGGCCGCCCCAGAUACAGGAGAAUAGGAAGGCCGACUCGUUGAUCUGUAUCAGGGAGUUGGGCAUCCAUCGUGCACACACACUGUCCUUGCUGAGCGCGCUUAGGCAGCCGCCUUUCAAACGAAUCGAGGGCACCCUGGAGGAUCUCGUAGUGGACUGGUUCACGGACUCAUUUCUGUCUGAGACGAUGGAUCUGUCCCAGCAUUCAUGUCUCAAAUCCCUCAGUGUUACUGCCAUCCGCUCUGACUGCCUUGACAAGCCUAGCUUCAAGGUUCGACCGUCAUACCUCACAUUCCUCUCUCGCGCCCCCAGCAGUCUGCGGACCCUGCGCUUGCCGAUCACCCUGUCGCUGGAUGCGAAUGACACCACUGAGUGGUCAUUCAUGGACUGGCCGAGCUUGGAUGAAACAUUGACGCUCCUGCACAAGAAGAACCCUUGCUUGACCGUCUCUAUCGUUAUUGAUUUCCUCCUGCAGCCGGGUGACACGCGCUGGGUGCCAGACGUAGUGAAGUCGUCAGUGGUGCAGCCAUUAUCGACGUGGCUGCGUUCUUCUGUACUCGCAGGGUUGCCUGUCAGUGUGGUGUUCGGCGCGUACCCUCCUAGGCUCGAAAAGCCGGUGAAGAAAUACUGCUGGGAUUUACACACAAUGGUGAGCACGCCUAAUCAUUUCUGUGUGCUCGGAAUUGAAGGCGCAACGUUGGUAGAAGCGGGUGAACGGACGAUCUUUUAAGUCUCUUUAUUAUUGUCCAGAGUAAGUGCUUGUCAUAUGCUUUCUUGCGUACUAUGCAUGUACUGCCGUCGAAGGAGAUUUACUUGCAGACUUUGGUGCCCAAGUAUAGUCGCGGAGAGAUGAGUUGCGACUUUGUUUUUAGUAUUCUAGUUGCUGCGGUUUCAAAAGCUCUGCAGUCGAGAGUACCGCAUACGAUAGCAUGUUCGCCCAAUCACAGCCUGAAUCGUCUCUCGCCACAAGCGCGUGCAGCUC